AUGGCCCAGCUAUACUACAAAAAGGUAAACUAUUCACCAUACAGAGAUCGGAUCCCACUGCAGAUUGUGCGAGCAGAGGCAGAGCUCUCAGUGGAAGAGAAGGCCUACCUCAGUGCUGUGGAGAAGGGGGACUAUGCCAGUGUGAAACAUGCCUUACAAGAGGCAGAGAUCUACUACAACAUCAACAUUAACUGUAUGGAUCCUCUUGGUCGCAGUGCCCUUCUAAUAGCCAUAGAGAAUGAAAAUCUGGAGAUCAUGGAGUUACUUCUGAGCCACUGCGUGUAUGUGGGAGAUGCUCUGCUGUAUGCAAUACGGAAAGAGGUGGUGGGAGCUGUGGAGCUGCUGCUGAAUUACAGGAAGCCAAGUGGUGAAAAACAGGUUCCAACCUUGAUGAUGGACACACAGUUUUCAGAAUUCACUCCAGAUAUCACACCAAUAAUGCUGGCGGCUCACACCAACAACUAUGAAAUCAUCAAACUGCUUGUCCAAAGACGGGUAACUAUUCCACGCCCACAUCAGAUCAGAUGCAAUUGUGUGGAGUGUGUCUCCAGUUCGGAGGUGGACAGCCUGAGGCAUUCCAGGUCAAGGCUGAACAUCUACAAAGCCUUAGCCAGCCCCUCAUUGAUUGCCUUAUCAAGUGAGGACCCCAUCUUGACAGCGUUUCGACUGGGCUGGGAGCUGAAAGAGCUCAGCAAAGUGGAAAAUGAGUUCAAGGCUGAAUAUGAAGAGCUUUCUCAGCAAUGCAAGCGAUUUGCUAAGGACCUUUUGGAUCAAGCACGGAGUUCCCGAGAACUAGAGAUUAUUCUCAAUCACAGAGAUGAUCAAAGUGAAGAGCUGGACCCCCAAAAAUGUCAUGAUUUGGCAAAACUAAAGGUAGCAAUAAAGUACCACCAGAAAGAGUUUGUUGCUCAGCCAAACUGCCAGCAGCUACUAGCAACACUUUGGUAUGAUGGUUUUCCAGGCUGGAGGCGGAAACACUGGGCAGUAAAACUCUUGACCUGUGUCACCAUCGGACUGCUAUUCCCUGUGCUAUCUGUGGCAUAUCUGAUUGCACCGAAGAGCAGGCUGGGACUGUUCAUUAAAAAGCCAUUUAUAAAGUUUAUCUGCCACACCGGCUCAUACCUAACCUUCCUCUUCAUGCUCCUGCUGGCAUCGCAGCAUAUCGUCAGGACUGACCUUCACAUGCAGGGACCACCUCCCACCAUCGUGGAGUGGAUGAUCCUGCCCUGGGUUCUAGGUUUUAUCUGGGGAGAAAUCAAGGAAAUGUGGGACGGUGGAUUCAAUGAAUACGUACAUGACUGGUGGAAUCUGAUGGAUUUUGCAAUGAACUCCCUCUAUCUUGCAACUAUCUCCCUUAAAAUUGUUGCCUAUGUCAAGUACAACGGUUCACGUCCAAGGGAGGAAUGGGAAAUGUGGCACCCGACUCUCAUUGCAGAAGCCCUCUUUGCAAUAUCCAACAUUUUAAGUUCUUUGCGUCUCAUAUCCCUGUUUACAGCAAAUUCACACCUGGGACCCCUGCAGAUUUCUCUGGGACGCAUGCUGCUAGACAUCCUUAAAUUCCUUUUUAUCUAUUGUCUGGUGCUUCUGGCUUUUGCCAAUGGACUGAACCAGCUUUAUUUUUAUUAUGAGACCAGUGCCUCGGAGGAACCCAACAACUGCAAGGGGAUCCGAUGUGAGAAACAGAACAAUGCCUUCUCCACACUUUUCGAGACCCUCCAGUCUCUCUUCUGGUCUGUGUUUGGACUGCUGAAUCUCUACGUCACCAAUGUGAAAGCCAGACAUGAGUUCACAGAGUUUGUUGGGGCCACUAUGUUUGGUACCUACAACGUCAUCUCUCUUGUCGUGCUGCUGAACAUGCUCAUAGCCAUGAUGAACAACUCCUAUCAGCUCAUCGCUGACCAUGCAGACAUAGAGUGGAAGUUUGCACGGACAAAGCUCUGGAUGAGUUACUUUGACGAAGGGGCCACCCUGCCUCCUCCCUUUAACAUCAUCCCAAGUCCCAAGUCUUUCUGGUACCUCUGCAAGUGGAUUCACAAUCAGCUGUGUCCGGGCAGUGAUUCUGACAAUGAGCAGAAGAGACAUGAAAACCUCAAAACAUUCACGGAGCGCCAUGCCGAUAACCUCAUCCAGAAUCAACAUUACCAGGAAGUGAUUAGAAAUCUUGUAAAAAGAUAUGUUGCAGCAAUGAUAAGAACUUCCAAAACCAAUGAAGGCUUAACUGAAGAAAAUUUCAAGGAAUUAAAACAGGACAUCUCAAGUUUUCGCUAUGAAGUCCUUGACCUGCUGGGAAACAGGAAGCCACAGAGGAGAAGUUAUUCUACCAGUAGCACAGAGGUGUCUCAAAAGGAUGAAACAAAUGAGGAUAGUGCUGGAGAAAAACCCAAAGUCAAAAGUGUGUCUUUCAAUGUAGCCAACAAAAAAAAGGAUUUCAAUGUAUCUGCGCUAAUUAAAACAAUGUCUGGGAUUGAUAUGGUGGAAGAGAAGCCAAAAAGCAAUGGGAUCAGUAAGCGCUCCUUCAUCCGAAAUGGAAAUAGAGUUCAGAGGCUUUCCAGUUCCAAGAAAGAGUCCUUUAAGAGACUGGGGCUGCUGUUCUCCAAGAUGAAUGGACAUGUACCUGAAGCAAAUUCAGAGCCCAUGUACACUAUUUCAGAUGGAAUUAUUCAGCCACACUACAUGUGGAAAGACAUCAAAUAUUCUCAGAUUGAUAAAGAGAGAGAAGAGAAUUGUUCCAAAAGUGAAAUUAACCUCAAUGAGGUAGACUACAGUAGGAACACAAGACUUACAGGACAGAGCAAGGAGUGCCCUGUGGUUUGUACCAGCUCCCUUCACUGUGCUUCCAGUAUUUGUUCCUCUAAUUCCAAACUUUUAGACUCAUCAGAGGAUGUGUUUGAUUCAUGGGGAGAGGCUUGUGACUUGUUUAUAAACCAGUGGAAAGAGGGGCAAGAGGACCAUGUUACAACGCGACUAUAA